AUGUCUAGCCGAUCGUUGCAAGCGCUGCGAUCAGCGCAGCGGCCCGCCUUUGCGGCCCAGGCCAUUCGAAGCGCCACAAGUGGCUCUUCUGUUCGCGGCUUUGGGUGUUCUGCGCCUGGUGCUCAGAGUAGCCGCUUGGGCUCGGCCUCGACUGCAAACACUCAGAGGCUACCUUUGCGCCCGACCGUGCCUGUUGCUGGCGCCGUCUUUGGCAGACAGCAAUCCCGGUCGAUGUUCAUUCAGACGGAGUCCACUCCCAAUGAGGACUCUCUAAAGUUCUUGCCCGGCCAACAAGUGAUGCAGAGCGGAACGGCCGAAUUCACAGACACCCGCUCUUCCAUGACCUCUCCGCUCGCAAAGACGCUUUUCGGACUGAAUGGUGUCAAGACAGUAUUCUUUGGUCCCGACUUUGUCACCGUCUCCAAAGACAGCGAGACUCAGUGGUCAACACUGAAGCCCGAGAUCUAUAGCACCAUCAUGGAACACUUUACAGCGGGCAGAGACCUUUUUCUGGAUCCUGAAUCUGCUCAGGGCUCUUCAGACACGAUCAUCUUGGACACGGACAGCGAGACGGUUGCUAUGAUCAAGGAGCUUCUGGACACUCGGGUUCGACCCGCAAUACAGGAGGACGGCGGGGAUAUCGAGUACAGGGGCUUCGAUGAGGACGGCGAUCGGAUUGUGCGUUUGAAAUUGAAAGGCUCGUGCAGAGGCUGCUCCAGCAGUGCAGUCACCUUGAAAACCGGAAUCGAGCGUAUGCUCAAGCACUACAUUCCAGAGGUCGAAGCAGUUGAGCAGGUGCUCGAUCAGGAAGAGGAGAUUGCAUUGGACGAAUUCGCCAAGUUGGAGUCAAAGCUCAACAAGGAUCGAGCACGAGAAUCUCAGAUGGGCUUCUCCCACUAG